AUGGGAAAGAAGCGAGUUCUUGUAAGCUACGGCGUCGAUGUCGAUGCCGUCUCGGGCUGGCUAGGCUCGUAUGGAGGAGAAGACUCGACCAACGACAUCAGCAGAGGCUACUUUGCCGGCACCAUCGGCACGCAGCGCAUGCUCCAGCUAUUUGCCAAGUAUGACAUCAAGGCCACCUGGUUCAUCCCGGGCCACUCGCUCGAGACCUUCCCGGACGACAUGGCGGCCGUGCGGGAUGCCGGCCACGAAAUCGGCCUGCACGGCUACUCGCACGAGAACCCGACGGACAUGACGCUGGACCAGCAGCGCCAGGUGCUCGACCGGACGUACCGCCUGCUAACCGACUUCUGCGGCGGCCGCCCGCCGCGUGGCAGCGUGGCGCCGUGGUGGGAGACCAGCGUCGAGGGCGCGCAGCUGCUGCUGGACUACGGCCUCGAGUACGACCACAGCAUGAGCCACCACGACUGUCAGGCCUACUACCUGCGCACAGGCGACACCUGGACCAAGAUCGACUACAGCCAGGCUGAUGCGGCCACAUGGAUGAAGCCGCUCGUCCGGGGCAAAGAGACCGGUCUCGUUGAGAUCCCUGCCAACUGGUACCUCGACGACUUGCCGCCAAUGAUGUUCAUCAAGGCGGCACCCAACAGCCAUGGGUACGUCAACGCGCGCGACGUCGAGGAUCUCUGGCGCGACCACUUUGACUACUUCUACCGCGAAUACGAUGAAUUCAUCUUCCCCCUCACCGUCCACCCAGACGUCUCGGGUCGGCCGCACGCCCUGCUGAUGCACGAACGACUCAUCGAGCACAUGAAACGCCACGAGGGCGUCGAGUUUGUCACCAUGGCCGAGAUCUGCGACGAGUUCAAGAAGAAGAACGACCCGGAUCCGGGGGCAGCCUUGCCGGCCACUCCAGGACUGAUGCUUGCAAAGAAGUGA